UAGGGACACAUCCAGUGACAAAGGCAGGAAGCCCAGAAGCAGGUGGAUCGGCUGAGCCAAGACCCACAAGGAGGCCACCUUCGCCUUCGCAGGCUGCAGAUCCGGUCACUCCACCCCUCUCCUGCCACUCGGCUCCAAAGAGAUGGCCUUCAAAUGGAACAAAUGGCUUCCCCGCAUCGCUCUGCUGGUUUUGUGCGCCUUUGCCAUCAUUGCCCUGGUUCUCAGCCUGGUUGGGAUACACAGUGUUGCUCUGCCGCCCGAAAAUAAGUAUGGACUGGUUUUCGACGCCGGGUCGUCCCACACCUCCCUGUUUGUGUACCAGUGGCCAACGGACAAAGAGAACAACACCGGAGUGGUCAGCCAGACCUUUUCCUGCCACGUCAACGGAUCUGGGAUCUCAUCCUAUACCAAGAACCCUACGGAGGCGGGCGCCUCACUCCGGCCAUGCCUGGACGAAGCCAUGAGGGUGAUCCCUCCGGAGAGGCAGCAAGAGGCUCCUGCCUAUUUGGGGGCCACCGCUGGCAUGCGGCUCCUCAGAAAGCAGAACCCGUCCACUUCAGAUCGGAUUUUGGAGGAAGUGGGGAAAGCCAUCCGGGAAUAUCCCGUGAGUUUCCGAGGCGCUCGGAUCAUUUCGGGCGAAGACGAAGGCGCUUACGGGUGGAUCACCAUCAAUUACCUGCUGCAUUCGUUCACCCAGUAUUCCGCCAAGGACCGGGACUGGGUCCACCCCACAUCGGCCGGCCUCUUGGGGGCCUUGGACCUCGGUGGGGCUUCGACCCAGAUCAGCUUCCUUCCUACCGAAAGCAUCGCCAACCCAUUUCGUUUUCGACUCUACGGCUUCGACUACGGCAUCUACACCCACAGCUACUUGUGCUACGGGCAGAACGAAGCCCUGAACCAAGUCAUCCGGGUUCUCCUCAAUGACAGCUCCUCUUCAUCCACCCUGGAUCAUCCCUGUUACCCCAAAGGCUAUAACGAAUCCAUGGAGGUGGCUUCCCUCUUCAACUCUUCAUGCGCCAACAACCAGACCAAGCCGCCAGACGCUGCCUCAAAAGUGUUCCUGGUGGGCACAGGCAAUGCUCGCCUUUGCCGCGAAGCCAUCAGGAACAUCUUCAACUUCUCCAACUGCAGCCAUAACAAAUCCUGCGGCUUCAACGGGAUCUACCAGCCGAGGGUCGAUGGAAAAUUCCUGGCCUUUUCUGCCUACUACUAUACCUUCAGUUUCCUGAAUCUCACCGAGACGCAUCCACUGCCUGUCGUCGAAGAUGCGAUUAAUGCCUUUUGCGACCGAACAUGGAAGGAUCUGAAUACAAGCUAUCCGAAACAAAAUUCAACCCGCUUAUUAAAUUACUGCGCCAGCGCCAACUACAUCCUCACCCUGUUGUUGGACGGCUAUGGCUUCAGCAACACGAGUUGGGAAAACAUCGCCUUCCAGAUGCAGGCAGGGAACUCAGACAUCGGCUGGACGCUGGGCUAUAUGCUGAACCUCACCAACAUGAUCCCCUCGGAGAUGCCCCAAACAUUGAGAGGCCAUGAAGAAGGACCUUGGGUGGCCAGUGUCUUCUUCAUCGUGGUCACCUUAGCGCUGGCCAUCGUCUUGCUCCUUAUAAACUUCUUUCAGUGAAAGAAGGGAUCGGCACACAUUGAGGACAUGGAUGCCAAACUGUGUCAGUUCCCGAUCCUCUCGUUUCACUGCAAGCAAAGACACUCCUUUGUUGUUAGACUUAUGGGGGAUGUCCUAUCUCCGCAAAGUGGACCUCCAUGGCUUCUUACCCAACGGAUGCUUCUUUUCUCUUGUUCUUCCAAGCUCUUUUCUCUGCCUCUGAAGAUGGAAACCCAGCCAGGGAAACAACUUGAACCAGAGCUUACUAUUAAUCGAUUGUUGGAGCUAUAUUCCAGGGAAAAAAAUCAUUCCCAAGACAUAUGGGUAACUGAGGGGUUGAAAUCACUCAGUGCCUAGAGACGAAGGACUAGAAGGACACCUCCAGUCAAGUGAGACAGAUGUCAUGUCUGGGGUGUCAACACAGAGAUAAGCACACACAGCAAAAACCUGACUGUGUGCUUGAUCUCUAUCUUCUGCCAUGACCGUCUGAGUAUGAGUAACUAAAUAAUUUGGAACAAUAAUAGCCAGUGAACUGUCAAGGGCUCCUCGCUGAAAGACAGUGAUUGAAGAAGCACAGAGGCAGGGGAAGAGCAGAGAGGUGCAGCAAAGUGUGCAUGUUACAGAUGUUGCUCACGUCUGUGACUGCAAAUCCAGGGGAAUCCUAAGUUCCUGUGACGGCGUGAGUGGUGCCACCUGUUUGUAGAACUUUAAAGUGCAAAGGUUUAAACGGUAUAACAUCCCCAUACUUGCUUACUUUGUAAAUGUAUAGUUGGAUUGAUUGGUUAUUUAUAGCUGUCAAUCAAUGUUGUUUGCACCAGUUAUAUUGCUUCCUCAGCCUAAUUGCUUGGCUCCACCUCUUCCUCGAGGAGGGCAGAGUUUUUCCUUUUUCAUUCUGCCAUCAAACUUUCUAUCAGAUAGAAGUGAGAAAGAGACUUGGCUCUAAAGCCCUUAAUUAAGUUACCUCUCAUCACC